AUGUCGCAAAGAUUCGGCACCUCGUCCCUCCACCAGCGUGAUCCGCGGUCACAACUCUUUGCGGGCUACACGGGCGAUCGCCACUCAUCACCACGAGCGACACCGUCCCCAAGCAGUGGCGGGUACGGCUACCCCAGCGGCUCAUACAAUAAUGGCUCCUCGUUGGGAGUGAACGAUCCCAGCAGAGGCGGCUUCCGCUCCGCAACACCGAAUAAGAAGGGGCAGUACAGCGAUGCAGUGCUCAACGAACUGGAAAGCCAGAACGACUCGCAGGUGGCUGGUAUACUGGGCAAGGUGCGGGUGUUGAAAGAUAUGACGAGUGCCAUUGGCGAGGAGAUUCGCGACAGCUCAGCUCUGGCGGAUAAGAUGAACGACACAUUUGACUCUACACGCAUACGACUACGAGGAACGAUGAACAGAAUGCUGGUCAUGGCGCAACGGAGCGGGAUCCCAUGGAAGGUCUGGCUGGGGUUCUUCGUCAUGGUGAUUCUCAUUUUCAUGUACGUCUGGCUGUUCUAG